AUGGGUCUUUUACGCACUCUCGCCAUCGCCAUCCUCACAAUCUCAUUCAUCACGUUUGUUGCAUUUUUCGGCCAGCUACCAGCACUGAGAAAGACUCCUGUGGGAUGGCUACAGCGCGCCCUUUGCGUUCAACUUCCAAAUGGCCUGCGAAGGGUGGACAAUGUCCUUAGUGGAGGUAAAGUCGCCCAGAGAUGCACCCAUCUUGGCCAAUAUCUUUUCUACGAGAGGAAUCCGGUCGUACUGUUCAUCUUUCUAUUCCUCCUGACGGGAAGCGCAACGAUCUUCCUCUAUAGCACGAUUGCACGCCUUCCAUGGCGGCUCGUGUUGCCUCUGUUUGUGCUGCUACCUGCGCCGUACAUCUUCACGUUUUGGUGUGCCUCACAUACUGCCCAUUACAUCACACCCGCCAAUCACGCCCUCCGCAUGAACGAUUAUCCCUAUGAUCACAUUUUGUUCCGGCCCAGUACAACGUGUCCGACAUGCCACAUUCGCAAACCACCUCGGUCGAAGCACUGUAGCUUCUGUGGCUACUGUGUGGCGAAAUGCGACCACCACUGUCCGUGGGUCAACAAUUGUCUCGGCCGUGGGAACUACCGUUGGUUUCUGGCUCUACUGCUGAGCAUGACCGCACUGCAGGUCUAUGGCGCCUAUCUCAGCUGGUGGAUCUUGCGUCCGAAUUUCCACUUCAACCCUCAGAAUUCCUUCCUGUCGCCUGCAUUUCGGCAAGAAGUGGGGGAUAACUUCGUGAUAGCCAUCAAAAUCGGUGGUAUCUCAGUCGCGGGUGUAGGGCUAUUGGCAGCUGCGACUGCGUCUUUGCCCUUCGGGCUCUUCGCUUAUCAUUGCUAUCUGAUCUGGGCGGGCAUGACAACCAACGAGUCGCAGAAAUGGACGGAAUGGAAAGACGACGUGGCGGACGGCUUCGUGUUCAAGGGCAAUCGCAAGGAGUUACAGGAUCAUCAUCGUGCAAGGCGCACGGACGGCUCAAGAGCGACGGUGAACCCUGCUCUAGCGGCGUUGCUCGAGGAAGACGAAGUACAUGUUCCUUGGCCCAUUUCAAACGAUGAAGUGCUUGUUCGCACGAGAGACGGUAAUGCACCGCGCGGGCAGGAGGCACUGUGGAAGCCUGUGCGCAGCUUGGAUGAUAUUGUGAAUGUGUAUGACCUGGGCACACUGAACAACCUGAAGGAGGAGAUACAUGGACGAUAG